GCAGAGCCGGGCCCCCCCACAAGGCCAGCAGAGACACUGACCUAAGCCCAACCUUUUUUAUUUUUUUUGAUUAUUAUUUUUGUUUUGUUUUGUUUUAUUUUACCAGCUCCAAUUUAGCCCAGGAUCUUUUUAACUGCUGCCAGCGGUGGAGCGCAGAUCGGGAUUAGAUCUUUUCCCACACCCGAGAUCUUCCUCCUGAGCGGUCACCAUGGGAAGUAAGACUCUCCCAGCACCAGUGCCUAUCCAUCCUUCCCUCCAGCUCACCAACUACUCUUUCCUGCAAGCAUUCAACGGGCUGCCUACCGUGCCCUCUGACCAUCUCUCCAACCUCUAUGGCUUCAGUGCCUUGCAUGCUGUACACCUGCACCAGUGGACUUUGGGGUACCCAGCCAUGCAUCUGCCCCGUUCCUCCUUCUCCAAGGUGCCCAGCGUGUCAAGUCUGGUGGAUGCACGGUUCCAGCUGCCCACCUUCCCACUCUUUCCACAUGUCAUCCAGCCUAAGCAAGAGGCCACCAAUGUGACCCUCAAAGCUAAGCCUCGCUUCGACUUUGCCAACUUAGCAGUGGCUGCAACACAAGAGGACCACUCUAAACUGGGACAAGUGGACAGCCAGGGCUCCCCUGCAGGGCUGGGCUCUUUGCUUGAGGUGACUAAACUUUCUCCAGAGAAGAAACCCACCCGGGGAAGGUUACCAUCCAAAACCAAGAAGGAAUUCGUCUGUAAAUUCUGUGGCAGGCACUUCACCAAGUCCUACAACCUUUUGAUCCAUGAAAGAACCCACACUGAUGAACGACCCUACACAUGUGACAUUUGCCACAAGGCCUUCAGAAGACAGGAUCACCUAAGGGAUCACAGGUAUAUACAUUCUAAAGAAAAGCCUUUUAAGUGUCAAGAAUGUGGGAAAGGAUUUUGCCAGUCCAGAACACUAGCCGUCCACAAGACACUGCACACGCAAGUAAAGGAACUGAAACCUGCCAAACUUAAGUGCUGAAUCUCCAACUUCUAUGAACUUUUCCUCCCCUUCAGACUUUAUACCAAAACUAGAACAGAAACAAAACUGCCAGGAUGGGAGCACUGAACUUUGUGUUUUGUUUUUGUUUGUACUUAAAAAUGAGCAAAAUCCCACCAAGCAACUAACUUCCUAAGUUGUGGGUGAAAAGAUUAUUCUGCAUUUAAAACAUACAUGAAUUACACGGAGAGUGCUAGCUGACUUGUGUGGCUUUGACAAACUUUAUGCCAAAAGGUGGUGCUCACGUGUUGGACAGGAAUCUCAUUAAAAUCAAACAAAAACCCACAAAAAUACCCCCCCAAGCCUCCCCAAAAAAACCCAAACCGUAACUUCCAAAAGUAUUACUUAAAAAAAAAAAAAAACAACUCUUAUUUUAUACUUAUUUUUUGACUGUAUAAAGCUUCUUACUUUUACACUUCAGGAAAUACAGAGAAUUCCAGAAGAUGAUUAAGAACUGAAAUGGUGAUUUCUCAUCCCAGCACCAUUAGGACAAGAAGAAGGGCAACUUGCAAAUCUUUUUGCUAGUUUGUUUUCUUAAAAGGAGAAGAAAAUUAACUUUUGGAAAUGACCUAAAUCUCUCAAGUGAGGAGUCCUACCAUGUGCUAGAAAACACAUCCAGAUCUUAGAUCUGCACGUCCCCUGUAGUCGGGACAAAUCAGUGCUUGUGGGACAUGGAGACCUUGUCUUUGCCUUGCGGUCUAGUGCGCUGGAAGGAGGUUUGUAACUUGUGGACUUAUUAAAAAAAAAAUUAAAGGAAAGAAAGAUGGCAAUAUAUCAGACUGACGAUAUGCACAAUUUGGUUUUAGUGGUACUUUAAAAUCUGCGCAUGUCCUCAUGAGAGAGAACAAAUCUCAACCUAAGAGCAUAUUUUUUUAAAUGCUGGCUUUCUGAACAGUGUAUUCAAAUUAAGAGACAUUCCAAUACGUUUUGUUUAUUAAAAAAAAAGUUGUAUGGCUGUUUGGCACUUUAUGCUGAUUAUUGGUAAUUGACAUUUAUCACUGGAUUGUGUGUGUUUUUUAAGUAUUAAAAUAAAUCGUUAUUUUACAGGCAA